GCGGAGCUUAUCGAGCAGCUUGGAAAUAUUCCGUAGCUGGAGCUAAAUAAAUGACCCUCCCUGGAAGCUGCUGGCUGGCAGUGGCAGAACCAGUAGGUGCCUUCCUGCACCCUUCUCCCUCAGCUACCUGACUUCCACCCCGCACGAAACUGCGGAAACCCCGCUCUGGCGAGGAUCUCUUUCCUCGUUCGCAUCACCGUCAUUCCUCGGCAGUCAUUCCUUGGCACUCUUUCAUCAUGGGUCGCGUUUGUGCCGACUGCGGGCGCGACCUUCCCCAGACCUCCUACACCUCCAAACAGUGGUCCAAGGGUUUGGGGCUGUCGCGAUGCGCCGGCUGCGUUCACGGCCAUUCCUCCGACACUCCUGCUACCCAACAAUCCGACAGCGGCCGGUACAAUGACUCUGUCAGUGCCAAGUUCUCCCACGAUGCUCUCAACAACCCUUUCGCAUCGGGUGCCUUUCGUUGGGUUGCCAAGGGGGUUUACACCAGCGGCGCACGAUCUGGCCAGGCCUGCGUUUUGAAAUGGUUCAAGACGGGUGCUGUCUUCGAAGAUGACUACUUUGCUCUGGACAUCAAGGCAGUCGACAGAGCUCUGGAGAUUGUGAACCGCUUCAACGAGCUGAAUAUCGUCAACAAGACCAUCAAGAUCAACGUGCCCUCAGUGUGGGUCUUCGACAAGACGUCUUCCCGGGCUGGCCAGAAAGCACUGGUUGAGCCCUUCAUUCAGAACUACCAAAAGUUCAACAGCAACACUGGUUGGAAGGACGAUUGGGGCGCGUGGCCGCAGGUCAUGCAGGCGCUGAGCCACUUCAGCUACCACGUCUCGGGCGGAAACCACGUGCUCUGCGACCUGCAGGGCGGCAUCUACCAGCACGAGCUUGUCUUAUCCGACCCGGUGAUCCUCUCCCGGACCGGCGACUACGGCGUCACCGAUCUCGGCCGCGACGGAAUCAGCUCCUUCUUCAGUCAGCACGACUGCAACCAGUACUGCCGCCCCAACUGGACGAAGCCCGCCAAUCCGCAGCUGCACUUCAACCCGGUCCCAGGCACGACCAUGCUCCGCCGCACCGUGCCAACCGCCGCGUCGCGGCCCAGAAAUACCCGUGACUAUAGGAACUGGUACUGAGUGAUGGAAUCAUGCAGUGGUUGUGCGGAUGAAACUGACGAUCUUCGUAUCUCUGCUACGGUAGUUGGCGAUGGUUCUGGAGGAAGAAGGACGGAGGCGUCCAGAGCCAGCCUGCAGGAAGAUGUGGGUGGCUGCA